AUGCCAUUUUUCUUCUCCGAGGAUAAAGCGAUGGCUGAGAUGAGUAAUAGUAAUUUCAGCAAAACAACCACUAUUCAGCAGGCAGUGUCCUCUUGCUGCGGAGCUAUAAUUACAUCAUUGUUUGUAACUCCUCUUGAUGUUGUCAAAACUCGACUGCAAGCCCAAAGCAAUCCGUUCCCCAAAGGAAAAUGCUUUGUAUACUCCAAUGGCCAGAUGGAUCAUACGUGUGCUUGUGAGAAUGGAGAUGGCAAGGCAUGCUAUAAGAGAAAAGGGCAUUUCAAAGGGACUUUGGAUGCUUUUGUGAAAAUUAUUCAAAUAGAGGGAAUUAAAUCCCUUUGGAGUGGACUUUCCCCAACACUAAUAAUGGCCCUUCCUACCACAAUAAUCUAUUUUACCUGCUAUGAAAAACUGAGUGAAGCUCUGAGGUCUAGACUAGGAGAGGACAAUGACCACAUUCCACUUGUUGCAGGUUCCUUAAGCAGAUUUGGUUCAGUUACUGUAGUGAGUCCAUUGGAGCUGAUCAGAACUAGAAUGCAGUAUCACACCUUGUCCUACAAGCAACUGCACUUGAGCAUCAGGAGUAAAGUGGCCAGAGAAGGGUGGCUUUCCCUGUGGAGAGGCUGGAGCUCUAGUGUUCUGAGAGAUGUGCCUUUCUCAGCAGUGUACUGGUAUAAUUAUGAACGUUUCAAGAAGAUGAUGUGCAAGAGUGCAGGUGCACAUGAACCAACCUUUUUGAUUGCUUUUACUGCAGGAGCAGCAUCGGGCUGUAUUGCAGCUGUCGUGACUCUGCCAUUUGACGUAGUGAAAACACAGAUGCAGACUGAAAUGUGGGAGAGUGAGACUUUACAAAAUCCACAGAGGGACUGUGCGUCUACCUGGGCAGUUAUGAGGAAAAUUGUUGCUCAAAAAGGGAUUGCUGGAUUAUUUGCUGGUAUUACUCCACGGCUGUUUAAAGUUGCUCCUUCUUGUGCCAUAAUGAUCAGCACAUAUGAAUAUGGGAAGGCUUUCUUCAGACAUUUAAAUGAAAAGACAAACCAGCAUCCUUAAGACUCCUUCAUCCAAUUGCAUGAAGUCGAAACAC